AUAUUUAUCCCCAAUCCCCCAAUCUCGCCUGUGUUCGCCAGUGGUGGCUUCGGAUCGAUGGCGAUCCGGUCGACGGUGGUGGGAGCGAUUGUGGCGUACCGGAUCCACCUGGGCGUCGCUGCCGCCCUAGCCGCCGCGGCCAUCUCGCUCGCAAGCGUCGGCCCCAACUUCGCAACCGUGGCUGGCUUCUUCUGGCCCCUCCUCGUAUCCACUGUCGCUUUACUCGGCGCCGUCGCGAUCCUACUCCGGAUCUCGCCGCUCCCGCGGGAGGCCUACGAGGAGGGCCUUGUCGACUUCGUCGCCGGCUGCGCGGAGGUCUCUCAGCUUGCUGCGAGUGAGAGUUACCACCACGAGGGCGAUUCGGAGCCGUGUGAUGAAGAGGCGGAGGCGGAGCGCCCCAUGUAGCAGCGAGGGAGUCGGAGACGAUGAGGCAACCUUUCAGAUGCUCCGCAGGAACGGGUUAGUGUGCGUAAGACCGCAUACGUUUAUCGAUGAGAUUGGACGACGUGCGCCUUUACCAGAGGCGGCUGGAUCCGAGUCGAGCGUGUGUCAUGUAAGAGUAAUUUAGCAGCGUUGCAGUCUAGGAAUAAAUCGUAAAGGCUUCAGUUUUAUA